AUGAAAUCAAUACUUCUUGCAAACAUUUUCAUCUCGGUGGUAUUCGCCGAAUAUUCAUCGCUUGAAAGUGAAUGUAUUACUUCUAGUGGAGUUGACAAGAUAAAAGUCGAUGAAGCUCGUGAAGGUAUUUUUGCAGAAGAUCCAAAAUUUAAAAACUUUUUGAAAUGCAUUCUCACAGAAACGGGCACAAUCAAUGAUGAUGGUACUUUAAAGAAAACAAUAAUAAAAGCAAAUUUUGAGAAAAAUCUCGUUGCUCAAAACGCUGCUUUACUUUGUGCUGAUAUUCGUGGAAGUGAUGUGGAUGAUACAGCUUUUUUGAAUUAUAAAUGCUUUUAUGAGAUAACGAAGAAAUUUAGUUCAUAAAUAAUUUUAGUUAGUGUGAUAUAAAAAUAAAAGUAAAUAUAAAAUAAAGAAAUAUUACA